CUUUUGGGUGUCAAAAUCCAAUUUUCUCGGAUAACAAAGGGAUAAGCCGGGCAACUCCGCCUCUCAUCCCCGCACUUCACCCGCCUCCGCCUCCUCCCUCUUCAUCGCCGGGGCACCCAGAACUCCAAAAUGGCGGCCACCGCCACAACUGCCACCGCCAUGGCUAUGGCCACCUUCUCCACCACCGCCCCCGUCGCAACCGCGCCCUUCUCAUCCCUCCCCGUCGGCCUCCGCCUCCGCCCCCAACCCCUCCUCCUCUCCGCCCGUCGCCUCCUCCUCCCCGUCCCCAUGUCCUCCUCCUGGGACGAUUCCGUCCCCUCGGAAGACGAGAAAGGAGGGGACGCGGAGGAUUCCGAAAAAUCCGCCGCCGGGGAAGAAGAAGAUGAGGCGGACGAGAAGCCGCGGGCGGAGCCGGUUGCCUCCUCCGAGUUCCAGUUCGCGGCGCCGCCGGAGGGCUACGUGGAGCCCGCGGCGUUCGACGAGCUACCGCCGGAGUCGCCUGAGGACGUGGCGGCGGCGUACGAGUCGCUCUACGGGCCGGCCUUCAGCGGCGAGACCGUGUUGGGGAACAACGUCUUCGAGGUCAAGGUGGUCGACCCCAUAGACAUGGACCGGGAGCAACGCCCCAACGACGACUUUAGCGAGCGCGUCGUGCAGGUCAAUCGCGUCACCAAGGUCGUCAAGGGAGGGAGGCAGCUCUCCUACCGCGCCAUUGUCGUCGUCGGCGACAUGAAGGGGCAUGUCGGCGUCGGCGUCGGCAAGGCCAAGGAGGUCACCGAGGCCAUCACAAAGGCCGCCAUGAACGGCCGCCGCAACCUUGUCACCGUGCCUCUCACCAAGUACUCAACCUUCCCGCACAGAGCUGACGCGGACUUUGGAGCAGCCAGGGUCAUGUUGCGGCCUGCUUGCCCUGGAUCCGGUGUUAUUGCUGGUGGAGCUGUGAGGGUUGUGCUGGAGAUGGCUGGGGUUGAAAAUGCUCUGGGUAAGCAGCUGCGAAGCAAGAACCCCUUGAACAACGCAAGAGCUACCAUCAAGGCGACACAAAUGAUGAGGCAGUUCAAGGAUGUUGCUGAGGAGCGCGGGCUCCCAAUGGAGGAACUAUGGAAAUGAUAGAAGAAAUCAAAACUUAAACCCCAUUUGUAGCAUUCUUUCUUUUUGUGAUGUAUUUCUUGAGUUUAUAUUCUGCUAUCUAUGUAAGGGAUAAUCCAGCCCCAAGUUUCCUUAAAAAAAAAAAUCCAGCCCCAAGUUUUCUUCUCAA